AUGUCGGGCAGUAAGGCGCUGGGCGGGGGGGGCGCGGGGGGGGCGAGGCGCAGGCGGACGCGGUGCCGGCGCUGCCAGGCCUGCAUGAGGACCGAGUGCGGAGAGUGUCACUUCUGCAAGGACAUGAAGAAGUUCGGAGGGCCCGGCCGCAUGAAGCAGUCCUGCCUCCUCAGACAGUGCACGGCGCCCGUCUUACCUCACACGGCGGUGUGUUUUGCGUGCGGCGAGGCGGGGAAGGAGGACACAGUGGACUCAGAGGAGGAGAAGUUCAGCCUGUCUCUGAUGGAGUGCACCAUCUGUAACGAGAUCAUCCACCCCAGCUGUCUCAAGAUGGGCAAAGCCGAAGGAAUCAUCAACGAUGAGAUCCCAAACUGCUGGGAGUGUCCAAAGUGCCACAAGGAGGGCAAAACCAGUAAGGACCAGGCGGACGGCUCUGGGAAACGCCGGCUGGAUAACGGGGAGGUGGGCCGCUGGAAGCUCACAGAUGACCCGCCCCCAAAGAAGAAAGCCCCGCCCUCCCUGGAGGAGGGGGGGCGGACGGACGGGGGACACAAGAGGAAGAAGGAGAAGGAGCUGCCUCCGGACAGCGGGCCCAAGAAGAAGAUGAAAGGCGGCCACGAAAAACGCCUCAAAAAGAAACCCAAACAGGAGGCCCUGGAGUCCAACGGUCCCACCUCCUCAGCUGCAGGAGGAGCAGGAGGACUGCAGGGCUCCUCCACUUCCUCCUCCUCUUCCUCGCAGCCCGGGGGAGGAGGAGGAGGCGGAGGAGGAGCAGGGGGGACGUCGAGUGCAGACCAGCGCUCCCACCACCGAGAGAAACUGGAGCGCUUCAAGAGGAUGUGUCUGCUGGAACGCCGGCCCGAGUCCUCCUCCUCCUCCUCCUCCAGCUCCGAGUCCGACUCCGAGUCUGACUCCGACGACUCCCUGAGGGGGGAGCAGGCCGGAGGAGGCUCCUCGCCUUCGUCUUCCUCCCCUGCCCCGCCUCCUCCCGUGGUCUACGGCAACAGCAGCGGUGGGCGUGCGGAGCGAGAGAGGAGUCGCAGCGAGCGGGAGAGAGAGCGGGAGAGGGAGCGCCGCCUGGCGGAGCUGGGCUUCAGCGCCAGCGAGGAGUCGGAGGGGGAGGCGGGGAGGGGGGAAGAGGAGGUGCGGGAGGAGGAGCAGGGAGGGGGGGAGAAGGCUCGGCGGAGAGGAGGAGGAGAGGCGGGGCUACCUCCGCGGGGACGGAAAGGAGGACUGCUGGACGGGGAGGAUGAGGACACGCCCACCUCCGACAGGACCAGGAAAAACUCCGCCUCCCUUCCCCCGCCCUCUCCCCUCUCCUCCAAUCAGAUGCCUCCGUCCUCACAGCACGACAGCUUCACGGGGAAGCAGCGCAGCAACGGGCAGGAGGCGCGCAACGGGCGGACACGAGGAGGGACGGGUGGGGGAGGAGGAGGGAGGGAGGGAGGGAGGGAGAAGGAGAACGCCAGCGGCGUUCUGACCAAUCACAGACACAGCGGAGGAGGUGGGGGCGGGACCAAAGGAAGCGGAAGCCGCGGCAACAAGAUCCGCAACAGUAAGAGCCAGACGUCCAGGAACAGCACCUCCUCGUCCUCCUCCUCCAUCCCCACCUCCAACGGGGGAGGAGGGGGGGGAGGCGGUCUCAUGAUGUCAGCCAUGGCGGCGUCCCCCUGCUCGCAGCCGUCCCGCCUCGCCCCGCGCUCUCAGAUGAUGAAGCGCAGCCCGCCGGCCGUGCCCUCGCCGCCGCGGCCCAUUCAGAUGGAGAGGCACCUGGUGCGCCCCCCCACCUGCCCCGAGCCCAGCUGCCUCCCGCUGGACUCCGGCUCCUCCCACAUCAUGACCCGCGACGUGUGGCUGCGAGUCUUCACGCACCUGAGCCAAAGGGAGCUGUGCGUCUGCAUGAGGGUGUGUCGCACCUGGAGCCGCUGGUGUUGUGAUAAGCGUCUGUGGACUCAGAUCGACCUGAGCCGGCAGCGCUCCAUCACCCCGCCCAUGCUGAGUGGUAUCAUCCGCCGCCAGCCCGUCUCCCUCAACCUGGGAUAUACCAACAUCUCCAAGAAGCAGCUCAUGUGGCUCAUCAACCGCCUGCAAGGUCUGCUGGAGCUGAAUGUUUCGGGGUGUCCGUGGCCGGCCGUCUCUGCUCUGUGUCAGGCCAUCUGUCCCUGUCUGAAGCUGCUGGACCUAAGCAGAGUGGAGGACCUCAAAGACUCACACCUGAGGGAGCUACUGGCCCCGCCCCCUGACACCAGGACAGCUCAUGGUGAAACCAGAGUGGGGCGUUUCCAGAAUGUGACGGAGCUGCGAUUGGCCGGUCUUGAGCUGACGGACGCCUCGUCUCGUCUGUUGGUGCGUUACGUCCCUCACCUGAGCAGGUUGGACCUGAGCCACAGUGCGAACAUCACUGACCAGACGGUGCACACCCUCACCUCCCCCAUCUCCCCCCUGAGAGAGAGCCUCACCCACAUCAACCUGGCAGGUGACGGCGCAGUGUGUGUGUGUGUGUNGCGGCGCUGCUCCUCCCUGCAGACGGUCGACCUGCGCUCCUGCUCGCUCCUCUCCUCUGAGUCCGGACAGCUGCUCUCCUUCCCCUCCCACGCCUCCUCGUCUUCCUCCUCCACCUCCUCGUCCUCCUCUUCCUCCGCUGCCACCACGGUCGCUGCUUCGUCCUCCUCCUCCUCGGCGUCCGCCUCCUCGUCCUCCCUGUCCUCCUGUCCUCCUGAAGACAGAACGCUGCUAAAGAACAGCUAAAGUCCUCCUCCGGGUCAUGUGACUGUUGGUCCAGCCGAGCCCCGCCUCCCACCUCGUUACACUACAGACAGGUGAGGAAGAGGAGGAGGCGACAUUUCUCCUGAUGUAACGAGUCCAGCCACCACAGAAGAAGAGGAGGACGCUGUUUUGGGAAAGUCGUGGGUAAUAGUUAAAAUAGAAACCCAGAGCAUGUACAUAUUUGUUCUCUGUACAAUUUUGGGUGUGUGUAUAUAUCUGUAGUUUACUGUAAAUGACCCUUAACCUUUGAGACAUCACUCCUCUCCCUCUGUCCUCCUUCUGUCCUCCCUCUGUCCUCCCUCCGUCCGUCCUCCCUGCCUCCAUCAUCACGCCAGGCGCCGCCUCCUCCUCAGUAGCUGCAGAAACAGGGAAAAGAGGAAAAUCAGUCAUGUUGUUCAAAUUUAGUUUGUGUGAUUUGACAGGUGACAUCAUCGACCCCGCCCCCUCCCAGCAGGGAGUCACACACCUGUGGGCUCGUUUGUCAGCGAGGCUAACACUUUCCCUCCGCUUCCAGUCUUUGUGCUAAGCUAGGCUAACUCACCUGUGGGGGAGCGGGACGCCCUCAAAUGUUGAAUCGUCUUUUCUCUCUGAGGUCUGGCACCGCUUAACCCAUUGAAACCCGAACUUUCCUUUCUUUCAAAAACAUGGCAAGAAGGCAAUUAGCAACCUAAUGA